CUGUUUCGUCAGAACCGGAAAAGAUGUCGACUGUCAGUAAUCCGGGUAAAUAUUCAACCGAGGAUGCUAAUUCUGCCCAUGCUUGCAGACACGAUUAAGUGACAACAAUCGUUGGGCGACUGGAGCAAAGAUGACACCUCAGAGUACAUCAAGUUUUCGACAUCAAAUUCAGAGCCUGUAGCCAUGGAUGUGCUUGGUUCCAAAAACAAUGAAAGUACCUUCCCCAGUUUAGGGGAUUUGGAUGACUUUCUCAACAAGCACAACUCUAACUUCAUCUGGCUGCUUGUGGCUACUAUUCUGUCCUGUGGAUGGAUCAUCUAUUUGACUUAUUACAACUCCCGCAACAUUGGCCUCAUCCUCACUCUGAUCAUCAACAGACUCUACAAGGAUGGCUACAUUCACAUUGGCUCCUUCUCCUUAUCUGUGCUGUCAGGAAAAGUCAUGUUCAGAGAUGUUUAUUACAUCAACCAGGACAUGUCUAUCAGGAUACAGGAUGGCUUCCUCAUUUUUCGCUGGUGGAAGAUGUAUAACCCAAAGCAGAAACAGCAUGACCCCAAGGCGGAGACCAGACUUUAUGUGACAGUUAACGGCUUUGAGUUUCAUGUCUACAAUCGCACUGACCUCUACGCCCGCCUACAAGAGACUUUCGGCCUGGAGUCGACACUGAGCACUCUGAAGAGAGGUAACGACAGCGGAAAGGAUAGAAACAAGACCCUAGAACGUGUGAACAUAAAAACAGAGAAUCCAGACCCAACAUCAUCAUGGCGCUCCCUCAUUCCUGUCAUCAAAGUUAACAUCAGCACGGGUCGUUUGGCAUUUGGGAACCACCACCUCUCGCAAACUUUGUGUUUGAACUUUGAGGAUGCCUUUCUGACCUACGCCACCAAGCCUCCAUCCAGCCACCUCGACCAGUACAUGCACAUUAUUAAGGGCUCACUGGAGAAUGUGCGUGUCAUGCUGGUUCCCAGUCCACGCUAUGUUGGCAUGCAGAAUGAUGAACCCCCAAGACUGAUGGGCGAAGGCUUUGUUGUCAUGCAGUCCAACGAUGUAGACAUAUACUAUUACCAAGAUGAGCCAGGUCUGGUGCCAGUUGAAAAAGAAAGUGUGGAAGAAGUUGAGAGUACCAGUGAAGAAGAUAAGCUGCAAGACCUCCCUCCAUGUUGGGGUCUGGACAUUGUCUGUGGAAAAGGAACGGACUUCAACUAUGGCCCAUGGGUGGAUCGUCAGAGGGACUCCCUGUGGAAAUUCUUCCUGCCGGCAGACUACCAGGAUAUGAAGGUGACUGAAAUGGCCCGGCCAGGAGAGCCAAGGCAGAUCCAGGCCUUUGAGCUGCGCAUGAACAUCAUUGCUGACGCCACUAUUGAUCUGCUUUUUACCAAAAAUCGGGAAACCAAUGCCAUCCAUGUGAAUGUAGGAGCAGGUUCUUACCUGGAAGUCAACAUCCCCAUGACUGUUGGAGAGAUUGGCUACUCGCCCACCAUCAAAGGGCAGCUGCUUCAUGUUGACACCACGAGCAGCAUGCAGUACAGGACUCUUCUUGAGGCUGAAAUGUUAGCUUUCCAUGUGAUUGCCAGCUACCCGAAGGCAUGGAACAUGCCUCAAUCCUGGCAGUGUGAGAUUGAAGUGUACAAGGCCACUUACCACUUCAUCUAUGCACAGAAAAAUUUCUUCACUGAUUUGAUUCAGGACUGGGCGAGUGACAGCGCCCCAGACAUCUACUCUUUUGUUCCCUAUUCUUGGACAUUCAAGGUGCUUUUUCACCAGUUUGAGAUGAUCUGGGCAGCAAACCAGCACAACUGGAUCGACUGUUCCACUAAACAGCAGGAGAACGUAUACCUGGCAGCAUGUGGCGAGACACUCAAUAUAGACUUCACUUUGCCUUUCAAAGAGUUUGUUCCAACAACUUGCCAUACCCGCUUCAGCUUGAAGGCGGAGGAUACAGACUUGCGUCUGUCUCUGCCUGAGUGCCACCCAAGCCGCUACCCCCUCCUAACCCUUGCCAAAGAUUACCAGAAUGUCAAGCUUCCCCAUGACAUGUUCAUGCCAGGGGAGAAUCAAAGUGCCCCUCCUCCAAAAAACAACAAGUCUCGGUGGAGGAAUAUCACCCACGCAGAAGCUGGCUGGGUGGACUGCUGGAGUGUACCAAACUUCCUGCUCAUCAUUGACUACACAUGGCAUCCCAUUUAUCCCCAAAAAGCAGAUGAGCAACUUAAGCAGUCAUUGUCUGAGAUGGAAGAAUCCAUGCUGUCAGCUUUGCGGCCCCCAGAACACACUUCAGCACAUCACAUCCACCCACACUACACCUCUGCUUCAGCUGGCCACAGCCGAAAACCCACUGACCCCUCAGAGCUUCCCCCUGACAGACUUCAUGUGGAGAUGGAAAUGUCCCCGGAUUCUCAAAUUCUGCUCUAUGGACCUUUACUUCGAGCUUUAAUUGCCAUCAAAGAAAACUAUUUUGGCGAAGAUGAUAUGUACACAGACUUUGAAACGACUGUGUCUAGUCCUGUUUUGUCCACGUCCUCAUCUGGCCUCGGGUGGUCUCCUCUGGGAAUGGAAGACAGUGGACAUAAGGACACUUCCGACAUACAUCCUUUGGACCUGCGGCCUUGGGACAUAACUGUUUACAUCAAUCUCUACAAAGUACAUGGUCGACUACCUAUGCACUGCAGCAGCGAGGGCCCAGAAGGUCCAUCUGGAUUUCUAGAGCGGUUAUGUUUUGAAAUGAAAAAAGGUUACAAAGAAACAAUGCUUCAGCUACUACUGUCUCCUCUUCACAUUUUCAUCAGUGACAACUAUCAGCGCCCAACAGCCGAUGGUGUGUUGAAGGAUGGACACCUAAGCCUGUCCGGGCUGCAGAUGAGGGCGCAUGCCAUGUUCUCCGCUCAGGGAUUGCCACCAGGAAGUGACACCCUGGAGUAUGCCUGGCUCAUUGACAUGCAGGCAGGAAGUCUCACUGGCAGGGUGACUGUUCCACAGGUGGCGAGCUUGUUCGAAUGGGGAGAGACUUUCGUUUUCCAUGUGGUGUCACGUGAGUUCCAGCUUGAACAACCAAAGUCUUCUGUCAUUUGCCAGCAUGGCGUUGACCGCCGCAUCUGUGAUGCUAAGUUGACAUGCUUACCCGGUCACUGUCGAUCGUCAGAGGAGCUCAAGUACACCAUGAUGCGACUGGCCAUGGAUGGAGUGGACCUUUUUAUUGUUGAACAUGGUUGUGCUGCCAACAUCAAAAUGGGUAUUAUUCGUGUGGCCAACUGCAACCUGCACAAUCAGGCAGUGGGAGAGGGCAUCAGUGCUGUGGUGCAGGACGUAAACAUUCGACAGUACAUUGAACAGCAGCAGCACAGUGAGGUAAACAGGCUGCCACCAGCUGGGCAGGGGCAAGGUCCAGGUCAGCCUCCAAGUCUUUGCCAAGCCCCAGUGCUGCGACGCUCUGUCUGGCUGGAGGCAGGCUCAGUCAACCUGAAUCUCAUAACAGCAGACAUUGCCCUGGCUGCUGACCACUCGGCCAAAUGUGAAGUCCAACGACAUUUUCUAGAACUACAUGAUGCACAGACCAAAAGACUUUGGUUCUUGUGGCCUGAAGAGGCUGGCAUUCGAAACAAGCGCGGAAGAAAUCGCUGUGGCUGUCUUGGAGGCUGCCGGUUCUUUGCCGGAACCAAUAUAGGCCUGGAUUUCUUCAAACUUGAAGAGAUGACACCUUCCUCUUCGUCCGCAUUCUCUUCCUCCAGCACUGAGUCUGACAUGUGUUAUGGUCAGUCAUUGCUUCACCCUGGGGAGUGGAUCAUGACCAAAGAAACACCAAAAGUGGAUGGAAGGGUUGUUGGACUAAAAACCGAUACACACUCACCCUGCCUGCCUCCUGAGGUGCCUGAGAGGCGUGGUCAACAGCACUUAAGUCUCCAGGUACCCCAACGCUCUCACAGCUCUGCCUCCUCCUCUGAAGAAAAUAGUUCCUCUAGUGCGGCAUUGCCCUUACUGGCUGGAGAAAGGGACACCCCCUCGCCAAGUGUUGAACAACGCGCGUUUCCUGUGAAUGGCAAAAUUCCUGUUGAGACUUUCAGGGAUAUCCCAGAGGUUUCUCCCAUUUCACCCAACAACUCUCAGGAACGCUCUUCAGUGCGCUCCCCUCUCUGCUCUCCUCUUAAACGACAGUCUUCUGUACACUCAGGACGAUUAGGCAGCACCAAAAGUCUGUCAGCUGCUGUCUUCAACGAAAAGCCCCCCCCAGUACUGUCUGGAGGCGUCCAGUUCAGCUGUGAUGUUUCACGCAGUGACGAGAACGUCCUGGAUUCGCCACGUCAGCGUCGGAGCUAUGGCUCCUUCCCUUUCACGCCUUCAGCGGACUCCAAUACCUUCCAUCAGUACCGCUCCGCCGACUCCAGCAUGUCGGUGGCUGACAGUGAAGCUUACUUUUCUGCCGCUGAGGACUUUGAGCCAAUCAGCAGUGCUGAUGAGGGUCCAGGGACGUACCCGGGCCGUAAAAAGAGGAGGAGGCAGCAGAUGCAGCAACCCCAGCAGCCCCCGUAUUACAUGGAGAACUACAGCCGGAGUUCCAUCUACCACAGUGUUGAGGGUCCUCUUGCUUACGUUCUCAAUGGCGAGCUUAUCACUGAGCCCCGCCCACUGCCUCUGCCACCAAUGUUGCCCCCACUGCCUUCUCAGCCCCUUCCGAGCCACAUAUCCCAGGCCUCCUUUGUAUCUGCUCUGGCCAUGGAGGAAGAGAGCUCAGUGGAAGCUGAGAAAACAGCUGAGCCUGGUCCAGUAACCCGACAGCCCCACUUGAUGGUGUGCUACCAAAACUACCUGGCUCAAUAUCAAGUCUCCAACUGGUCUGUCAAGCAGCCCACUAACAAGAGGACUUCUAAGUCGUCACUACACCGACCGUUAGAUCUUGACACACCCACAAGUGAAGAAAGCUCCGCCUCCUUUGACCAAUUGUCUGUUCCAAGCUUUAAGGUGACAAAACAGGGCCUUUCAGCCAGUUCUCUGUUAGAUAGAGGACUUCAGUUGAUGGGCGAUAACAACAGCACUCCAUACACUCCCCUGGAUAAGAGAGCAAUGGACAACAUUGAUGAAGAUACAACAACAGAUGACUGGACUCUGGAGCAGCCUUUGGCUCAGACCAGGACCACGGCUAUCGUGGAGGUGAAAGGAGCCAUUAAUGUGGUUCUUACACCUCUUGUGGCUGAGACGCUGGACAGGUACAUUGAGUCUAUGGUCCACUUCGCCAGCAUCUGCCAUCCUGCAGCCAUUUUAGAUGACCUACAUGGGAAUGUUCUAAAUGAGGCCUAUCAGAUCAGCAAGUCUACCGUCACUGAAUCUAGCCAAGCAAGCAAACAAGAGAACCAGCUAUCCAAGACAGAGGGCACGACCCAGGGCUGUCUCAAUAUCUCCAACGGCCAGACAGACCUGUCCAUCAAACCGGAUAAUGUGAAAAUCAAGGGGCUCCAAGCCAAUGUCUCCAUCCCUAAGGUGAACCUUUGUCUCCUACAGGCCUCUAUAGAGGAGGGUUCUCCAUCCUGCUCCAGCAAAUGUGUUACGCAUGUAUCCCUUGUGGCACUGUGCUUUGACAGGAUUGCCACCCAGUUCAGGAUGAACAGAGGUAUAGUAGAAGAAACCCCAAACACAACUGAUCAUGGCAGACCCUCUGUUAUGUUAGAGAAGUACGCCUCUGCCACUAAGAUGCAGCCUCAAUCAUCUGGCUCAUUACGUUCCAAUGCUGGCAUUGAGAAGGGCAAAGAAAUAGCUGCUCGGCUCAACAUCCACCGUAUACACAGCCAAUUGAGAGGCCUUGACUCCACAGACAUUGGCACUUGUGCCAUUACAGCUAUACCAACUGAGAAGUCCAAAGUGUUGUUUGGCCUGGAAGAAAUUGAGGAUUUUUCAAUAGUUGAUGAAACAGACAUCCAUGCUAGCUCAGGUGACCUUGGCCGUUCCACCGCAUCUCUUGAGAAAUGGGGCUGGAUCAUGUUUGAAUGUGGCAUUGAGAAUCUAACAGUGAAAGGGGGUCGUCAGUCAGGAGCCAUUCUGUACAAUGCAUUUGGUGUGAUGCGCCACUCAGACACUGGAGGCAGAACUGGAGUACCACACUUGAAUGGAUCAACAAGCUCUCAGACCGGGAGUGGUUACAGCACUGACGCAUCUGAUGAUAACUUACCACGUGAUGUUGUUAGCCCCCCCUCUGACGUCAAUGAACAUUCUGACUCAGAUGAGCAGGAUGAAGGCGUUGAGUCAGACGACAUAAAGAAAGACCUCCCACUCAUGCCUCCACCUCCUGACUCCAGCAGCAUGAAGCUGACCAUCCGGGAGAUCUGGUUUAGUUUUGCUGCACCCACAAAUGUCAGAUCACCUUCACAGGCAAUCUCUAGGCAAUUGAACCUUCUUAGCACUGCCACUCCUGCCAUUGGAGCCUGGUUGGUCCCUAUUGACCAGCUUAAAUCUUCUUUCCACAAACGAGACAUGGAGGGCACACUGCGUGUGUGUGCAGUCAUGGGCUGCAUCAUGACAGAGGCUCUCGAGAAAAAGAGCAUCCACAUCCCGUUCCGAAGCAAGUACAAUCGUGUAACGAAGCGAGCUCGAUACCUCCAUGAAAAUCCUUCGUGUAUGCUUUGCAACAUUCUUCACCGCUAUUUGCAACAGGCUGACUAUUCUGUCAUAGAAGAAGCUACAAUGAAUGAUGGCGUCCCAGCCUUGGUGACUCUCAAAAAGGGUCUUGUGGCGUUGGCCCGGCAAUGGAUGAAAUUCAUUGUUGUUACUCAAGGCUUCAAAGCUAUUGGUCUGAUGAGACCCAAUCAGCUUGCUAAACCCAAGGAACCUCUGCAGACUCUGGCUGAAACAAUUUUGGGCUUGGACAAUGGUGCUACGCUGCAGAGUGAUACCAGUGGUGAUGGAGCUGAAUUUGAAUAUGAUGCAGCCGCAGUGAGUGAACACACCAUGUUACUGGAGGGAGCGUGCAGUCGUCCACCACCAAAAGAGGGAAACUCUGGUCCUGUAAGUGGAGUGGAGAUCAUGAGGAAACUAUCCAAGUCCCAUACACACAGCGAGUCUGCACUACGAAUAAAGGGCUCUCACCCCUACCAAUCUUUGAGCUACACCAGCGGUGACACAGCAGCUGACUCACCAGCACACGUGAGCCGCAUGGGCCUGACAGUCAAGGACAGCCCCAGAAAAGAGAGUCUUCUGAGUAAUUUAACGGGAAGCUUUCGCAGUCUUCACAACCUACUGGAGGGGACACCCCAGAGGAAUGAACCAUCUGUCGCCGCAGCAGCCAAGAGCAGCUCCCUCACUCGCACAGGGACGGAUAUACUGACUGAGCACCCGCUUCUAUCUCAACCCUCCUCUGUUAGCUUUUACAACUGGAUGUCCAAUGCUGUUGGUAACAGGAGCGUGGCUACAGUUCAGGAAUCCCCAGUCAACCACUCCCAUCACAAUAGCCUACAGACGGGUGGAACUUGUAACCUGCCAACCAUCCCUUCCGCUUCAGACUUCAACAUAGUAUUUUCCAGUGACCAGAACACUUUGGACGGAACCCACUCCCAGCACUCCCAGCAUAGCACCAGCCAAGAUGACAUAGAUGAUAUUGAAGCGGGAAACUUGUGUCCUGCUGCUGUUCAACUUGCUGAUGCUCAGGUUGUUUUCAAGCCUUUGCUGAACUACACAGGCAUCCAAGCGCAGGACGCCACUCCUCUGAGCUACAAGAUGUAUUUUGGAGAACAUCUGUCCUUUUCAGGCAAUCUUGAGUGUCUAAGAGCUGACAUUGUGGACUCUGACACCUCCAAAGAGCGCAAAAACAAAAAAUCCAGAAGGCAAGGUUUGGUCAACCUGCCACCGCUUGAUUUCAAGCCAGCCCUUCUUAUUGAGACUUUUAGUUUGAAUGCGGUGGUGAUGGAAAAGUCAACCAGUGCUCCACAGGGCCACUCUGCUGUUCCACUCGCCUUUCACGACCUCAACCGACGACACUAUAACACAUUCCAUUGUGAUUUCACCACGGCCUGCCAAUCUAUUAGCCAACGUGUUGACAUGGCUCUUGUGCGCCUCAUUCACCAGUUCAGUACCAUGAUUGACGACAUCAAAGCCACUCAAACGGACAUCAAGCUUAAUCGAUACACUGCGGGCUCAACCUCACCAACGCCAACCUUCAAAGCACGACCGUACCGCCAUUUCAGGUCGUCCGAAUUCAGCCGUAGCUCACGUGGUAGCCUCAAUGGGACGACACGUAGCGGCACGCAAACUUUGAAGAGCAAAAGAGGUUUAGGUGGAGGAGGAGCAGGGGUUGUUGGGGGUUUACCAUCUAACGGACCUCCAUCAACCAUGGAUACGCUAGGAAGAAGAGAGCACAGGGGACGCACCUCUCUUGGAAGAUCAGAACGUCGCACCUCCAAGGUGUCCAGAAAGGGCUCCCGUGACGUGGCAGACCACACAACCAUCCAGAUGGACGACUCCGACUCCAUCACAGUUUCGGAGCAGAGCGAGCCGUCAGCAGAAUGUUGGCAGAACAUGUACAAGCUGCUUAACUUCUACUCGCUCAUCUCAGAUCCCACAGGCAUCCUGGAGAAAAGUUCUGCAGAGAACGGUGUGUCAGGUGGACAUCGGCCCUCGGAGCCUCUUUGUAACGUGAUCUUUGAGAACGAACAGCAGGAGCCUACCACACCCACUAGGCUCCCGGGUGCAGGCGGCAGGCGUCGAAGCCUGGUGAACUCUGAGCCCCAGCAUGUCACCCUCAUAGUGUUUGGCAUCGGCAUGGUGAACCGCACCCACCUGGAAGCUGACAUUGGGGGACUCACCAUGGAGGCCGAACUGAAGAAGAUCCAUGGCAGUUUCACCCUCAAAGAAAAGAUGAAAGAUAUUCUACAUCAGAAAAUGACUGAGACGUGUGCAUCGGCUCAUAUUGGAGGAGUGAACAUAGUGCUGCUGGAGGGCAUAACACCAGACAUUCAACUGGAGGAUUUCCCAACAUCUCCCACCAGCACAGCAAAACAAGAGUUUCUAACUGUGGUGAAAUGCAACAUCGCCAAGUCUCAGGCUUUGUACAGUGCCCAGCGCGGACUGAAAACAAACAAUGCAGCUGUCUUCAAAGUGGGAGCCAUUAUGAUCAACAUCCCCCAGCACCCGGCAACGUUGCACAGCAUGAUGGUCCGCAGCUCCCAUCAGCUCUCAAAACAAAUUUCUGACCUCAUCCGCCAGCCCUCUAACGUUCAACCUCCAAAUAGAGAGUACAUUCCCACCCCACAACCCUCUGAUAAAGGAUCAAGCAUCAAUCAAACACCUGUUGAGGCCAACGAGUUCCCCCAGCUUCCAGAGGGACUCGAAAAGAAGCCCAUCGUCCUCAAGUUCAGCGCAAUGAUGGACGGCAUCACUAUUGGUGCCGCACUGCUACCCUCGCUGAAAGCUGAAUACAAAAUGGGGCGAAUGAAAAGCCACGGCAUGACUGGAGCUCAAACCAGCUUCACCUUUGAGUUGCCAAACCACAAGCUUUGCUUCCAAUCAAAAGUGUCUCCUGUGGACAUGUCCACCAUGCCUCCAUCAGCUAGCCUCACCCUGCCCCCAGUCACUAUGUCUGGAGAGUACAUCAUGGAGGACCACGAGAGUCAUUCAGACCAGGGCUGGGUUGCUGAUGACUUCCCAGCCAAGCAAGGGAACUACCUCCAAGGCAACUACCUGCGCUGUGUGGCUGAGAUUGGCUCUUUUGAACACAACCUCACAACAGAUCUUCUCAACCACCUGGUUUUCCUACAGAAAGUUUUCAUGAAGGAGGUCAAUGAGGUUAUUCAAAAAGUUUCAGGGGUAGAGCAGCCCAUUCCACUUUGGAACGAGCAUGACACCUCAACAGAUGCAGACAAGCCUAAAAUACUACUGUAUUCGCUUAGCCUCAUGUUCAAGGGGAUUCAGAUGACUGCCACCACCCCGUCAAUGCGGGCCGUACGCUUUGAGACGGGCCUGAUUGAGCUAGAGCUCUCCAACAGGAUCCAGUGCAAAACUCAGCCCGGAGGCAGCAGCAGUUACCUGAAACUGUUUGGCAAAUGUCAAGUAGACCUCAACCUUGCCCUUGGACAAAUUGUCAAACACCAGGUGUAUGAAGAGGCUGGCUCAGAUUUCCAUCAAGUGGCAUACUUUCGGACCCGAAUAGGUCUGCGAAAUGCUCUGCAGGAGGAGAUCAGUGGCUCAUCUGACAAGGAAGCUGUUCUCAUCACACUCAACAGGCCGAUCGUGUUUGCCCAGCCCGUGGCAUUUGAUAGAGCUGUGCUGUUCUGGCUGAAUUACAAAGCAGCAUAUGACAACUGGAAUGAACAGCGUCUGGCCCUCAACAAGGACAUCCAUGUGGCCACAAAAGAGGUGGUGGACAAGCUGCCAGGGAUCCAACAGACAUCAGCUCAAGCCUUCAGUACACUCUUCCUUCAAUUGACUGUCAAUGACCUGGGCAUCUGCCUACCAAUUACCAACGCAUCUCAGAAAGGACAAGCACCUGGUGCAGAGGGCAACAACUCUGAAUCUGGUCCCUGCAAAUCAAAAGCCAAGCAUAAAAAUGCUCAAAAAGCAAACCACACCAUAGAUUUUGACACCGGCUCAGCUCUUGUCUUGACCAUUGAAAGCACGUUGAUCACCGCCUGCUCAUCUGAAUCCUUGGUUAGCAAAGGCCACUUCAAGAAUUUCUGCAUUCGCUUUGCAGAGGGCUUUGAAACCUCUUGGGAUGACUGGAAGCCUGAAAUCCGUGGCGAUCUAGUCAUGAAUGCUUGUAUUGUCCCUGAUGGUACAUAUGAAGUUUGUUCCAGGACCACGGGACAGCCUUCUGCUGAGAGCAGUAGUGCUGGUACAUGGACCCUGAAUGUGCUUUGGAAAAUGUGUGGCAUUGACGUCCACAUGGACCCCAACAUUGGCAAGCGCCUUAAUGCUCUGGGAAAUACGUUGACAUCACUGACAGGAGAGGAUGACGUAGAAGACAUUGGCGACCUCAACUCUGUCGACAUGGCGGACCUUUCAGAUGAAGAUGAAGUUGACAAUAUGUCACCCACCAUUCACUUGAGUCCAGAGAGCCAGUACAGCCCACGGCUGACAUUAAAGAAACGUCUGGUAAACCACAUCCUGGGCCUCAGUCCCAGACCUCAGAGCGUAUCCGUCCCAGCCGACUACUUAAACUGUACCGGUCCCCGCCUUCGUGCGGGAAGUGAUCGGGCAGAAAGACCUCUCUCCUGGGCCUGUGAGACAAUUGAUCCCAGAAGGCAGAUGGUGAUGGGGAUCGAUGCUCGUAGCAGGAAGUUUACCAAAAGGGUAGUGGACAUCAGAGAGCUAAACGAACAGGCCAAGGUCAUCGAUGAUCUCAAGAAACUGGGGGCAAGUGAGGGCACUAUCAACCAGGAGAUUCAGCGUUAUCAGCAACUAGAGUCGGUGGCUGUCAACGACAUCAGGAGAGAUGUCAGAAAAAAGCUGCGUCGCUCCAGCAUGAGGGCGGCCUCACUAAAGGAUAAGUGGGGUCUUGGCUACAAACCAAGCUACAACCGCUCUAAAAGCAUCUCGGCAGCAGCAGGCCGACCACCUUUAAAAAGAAUGGACAGACAGAGUUCAAAAAUAGGAGAUGUGGAUGACUUCCCUGAUGUGCGUGUGGAUGCAUCCUCUCCCGGACCCAGAGUCACUUUCAACAUCCAAGAUACGGCAUUGGAGUCCGCAAUCACCCCUGUCAGUCCAGGAGAUGUGUUCAAGUUUCCUGAAGAGUCAGAGAUGGACCUUUUAUCAGUCACCAUUGACGAGCCAUCCCAUCCUCAUCAACAUCACCAUCGUCAUUCUUCAUCUACUCUUGGAGACCAGUGCUCAGUGUUCAGUGCUCCUUGCACCCCUGCUGUCAUCUCACCCACAAUUCCCUUCCAGCACGAUGAGAUGCGGCGAGAUGACCUGUCCUCGUCUUCCUCUGAAGACUCAGAAAAGGAAGAUGACUUUGAACGUGAGAGACCCCUGAGCUAUCGAAGACCUUUCCAAGCUCCUCACAGGAAGCCAUCAGGCUUUUCUGCAGUUAGUCAAUUGUUCAGCGAGCGUUGGCCAAGUACACCUGCCAGUCGGAGCUUCAGUGGUCCAACAACUGAAAGAAACAUCGACUUUGAGCUCGAUGUUCGUGUGGAAAUAGACAGCGGGAAGUGUGUUCUACAUCCCAGUACUCAGCAACCUGAGCAUGAGGAUGUUUCAUUCAAGAGGAGCUGUGAUCGCAGCCUUAGAAGUCUAGACCAAGAAUCUCCCCCCAAGAAGAAAAAAUUGCAGCCCACAUACACAUCCACUACCCAUCUCCUAGCUGGAAAGAAAUGUCCCUCUUCCCUGCAGACUAAAUCCAAUGAUCUCGAGACCACAGUUUUCUACAUUCCAGGAGUGGAUGUAAAGUUGCACUAUAACUCCAAGACCCUUAAGACUGAGUCGCCAAAUGCCUCGCGUGGAUCCUCUCUCCCGCGCACUCUCUCCAAAGAGUCAAAGCUGUAUGGUAUGAAAGAUAAUGGUCUUCCCAAUGCUGUCGAAAGCAAGACUAACUCACUCCUACCUCCCCCGCCCCCACCUAUGUCAUCAGCCAAAAGUAAGGGCAGUAGUGGGGUGAAAACGGCCAAGUUAUAUGCCUGGGUGGCCCUCCAGACACUGCCAGAAGAAAUGGUCAUCAGCCCUUGUCUGCUUGACUUCUUGGAAAAAGCACUAGAAACCAUUCCGAUCACUCCAGUAGAACGAGGCUAUGCAGUUGUGGCGUCCCAGGAAGAAGAUAUGGGACACUUUGAUACAGUGGAUCCACUGGAAGAAUCGACCACGUCGCUGGUUUCUUCUUCUACAUCAGCAUAUUCUUCUUUCCCUGUGGAUGUGGUGGUCUAUGUUAGAGUUCAGCCCUCUCAGAUUCGCUUUAGCUGCCUGCCAAUGUCCAGAGUUGAAUGUAUGCUAAAACUGCCCUCCUUGGAUCUGGUCUUUUCCUCGAACCGCGGUGAAUUGGAGACCACAACUGGAGCUCAUCCAAAUGAGCUCAGCUCACCCACUCCACCAGGGCAGCAUAUCCCCAAACUUCCGCCGAGUAAAGCAUCUCCAUUACUGGGGAGUCCCCUUGGCAGAAGCCGCCACAACAGCAGCCAGUCAGAUCUGACUGGGCCACCAUGUAACUCCUCAGGUCUCAGCUUCACUGCCUGCAUGUCAGACUUUUCCCUGUAUGUAUUUCAUCCCUAUGGUGCUGGAAAGCAAAAAUCUGCUGUCACCGGGCUACCGCCAGGCCCAAGCCCAUUAGGUACAGUAGAUGAGGAGCCUUCGUCUGUGACAGGAAGGAAAGACUCUCUGAGUAUUAACCUGGAGUUUGUUAAAGUCAGUUUGUCUAGGAUGAGACGUACAGGAGGCCCCACAUUCAUAGAAAGCUUCAUUCCUGGUAAAGGCGGAAAAAUGGACACCACCCUCAUCAACAUCUCAGCUGUCUGCGAUAUUGGUUCGGCUUCCUUCAAAUAUGACAUGAGGAGACUGAGUGAGAUCCUGGCCUUUCCCAGAGCCUGGUACCGUCGAAGUAUUGCCAGGCGCCUCUUUCUUGGGGACCAGACCAUAAUCCUACCAGCCUCUGGGCCCACCACCCCUGACUCAGCUGAAAACAUGACUCAGCAUCUGUCCCCCGAGUCCAGCCGCAAAGCUUACUGGAGAACGUGGGAUGGGAGUACCGGAACACACCUGCCUCAGUCUCCCAACGUUUUCUCUGAGCACUCCAGCGGAAGCAACAUGUCCCCAGGUGGCCUGGGUCACCUCAAAUCCCCUGCACCUGGUCGUAGCAGGAGUGUGUCAGAUUCUUCUGCACCGAGAAGAGAUUCAGUAACAAAAACAUCUACUCCUUCGUUUGGUAAAAAUGGUAAAGCAGCAGGCCAGCAGGGGGCGCCAUGGGAGACACUUGUGGUGUUUGCCAUCAACUUGAAACAACUCACCGUCCAAAUGAACAUGAGCAACGUCAUGGGAAACAACACCUGGACAACCAGUGGUCUGAAGAGCCAAGGCCGUCUAUCCGUGGGUAGCAACCGCGACAGAGAAAUCAGCAUGUCUGUCGGCCUGGGACGCUCCAAGCUGGACUCCAAGGGUGGCGUGGUGGGUGGAAACAUAGAUGUGAACACCCUGGAGAUGGUCUCACACAUCUCUGAACACCCAAACCAGCAACCCAGCCAUAAGAUCCAGAUCACCAUGGGCUCCACCGAGGCACGGGUGGAUUACAUGGGCACCAGCAUCCUAAUGGGGGUGUUCAGUAAUGCUGACCUGCAGCUCCAAGAUGAGUGGAAAGUCAACCUGUGCACUGUUGAUUCCAGCAUAUCUGAGAAAAGUGAGAUCUUUGUCCAUGGAGACUUGCAGUGGGAUAUUUUCCAGGUGAUCAUUUCACGCUCUACUACACCGGACCUAAUCAAGAUCGGCAUGAAGCUGCAGGAGUUUUUUACCCAGCAGUUCGACACCAGCAAGCGGGCACUCUCCACAUGGGGGCCUGGCCCCUACCUUCCCCCCAAAACCCCAGUCAUCAACGCAGAGAAAGGAGCAGCAGAGCUUUACGUGGAUGCAGCACAUCACCGCCACUGGCCCGGCGUGCUGAAGGUAAUCGCGGGCUGCCACAUAUCCCUCUUCCAAAUGCCUCUGCCUGAAGAUGCGGUGCAGCUGGGUGGCUCAAUGAGUCUGCAUGGCAAUCACAUGACCCUGGCCUGCUUCCAUGGCCCCAACUUCCGGUCCAAGUCGUGGGCCCUUUUCCACCUGGAAGAGCCCAACAUCGCCUUCUGGACAGAGGCACAGAAAAUAUUGGAGGACGGCUCCAAGGAUGAUUCCACGUACAUCGUGCAGACGUUAGACUUCCAUCUGGGUCACAACACAAUGGUGACCAAACCAUGUGGUGCACUGGAAAGCCCGAUGGCCACCAUAACCAAGAUAACGCGGCGGCGUCAUGAAAACCCUCCACACGGAGUUGCCACUGUUAAAGAAUGGUUUAACUACGUCACUGCCAUGAGGAAUGAAGAGUUGAGCUUGCUGAGGAAUGUGGAAGCUAACAACCCAGAGAGUGGAGCCGCUGCCAAGAGCUCCAGUCUGCUGAGCAGCUUCCGUAGCAACUCCAGCUACAACCACGAGACGGAAACCAUUUUCGCUCUUCCCAGAAUGCAGCUGGACUUCAAGUCCAUCCAUGUGCAAGAUCCUGAUGAGCCUUCUCUAUCAGAUUCAGACAGCAAACCAAAGGUGGAGUGCAGCGUGGUAACAGAAUUCACAGACCACAUCUGUGUGACAAUGGACGCUGAGCUCAUCAUGUUCCUCCACGAUAUGGUGUCCGCCUACCUGAAGGAGAAAGAGAAAGCCCUUUUUGCCCCACGUAUGUUUGCGGCUCGGCCUGGCCAGAGAAGCCCCACGGCGCUGCACGACGACGGCUCCACAGACAAGGAUAACGAAGACGGCAUCAACUACACGACGGUGGACUGGAGAGAGUUCAUGUGCAAGACUUGGCACUUGGAGCCCACUCUCAGGCUCAUCUCCUGGACGGGCCGUAAGAUCGACCCAGUGGGUGUGGACUACAUUUUGCAAAAACUGGGCUUCCACCAUGCCAGGACUACAAUUCCUAAGUGGCUGCAGAGAGGCGUGAUGGACCCACUGGACAAGGUUCUGUCUGUGCUCAUCAAGAAGCUGGGCACCGCCCUUCAGGAUGAGAAGGACAAGAAAGGCCGGGAGAAGGAGGAACAUUUGCACUGACACGUGACAUGUUCAUCUAAACGACACUGGAUUAUUUCUUACAUAAAUGGUAUUUUCCAUGGCUGUUUACUGUACACCACUAGCUGUGUAGAUUUCCUCAUGAGCCACCAUGAUUGCUUUAUGAUCGUUUGAUUGCUUUAAUGAUUACAACCAUGCUUCUUCUUCACAAUGACCUCUCGCACCUUUUUUUUAAUGCUAUCUGAUAUUUCAUGAGAAAAUAUUUCUUACAACUUUGCCUUUUCUCUGUUUCCCAUGGAACACAUGGUAAAUGAUGCUUUAUGGAUUGUAUUUUUUUUAUGGAUGUUUUUCCAAAAGUGAACAAAUGAACACCGGGACAUAAUCUGCCACUUCAUGAAUCUGUAAUUACAUCCUUAUUUAGGGCCAUGUAAAAUGCAUCGCGCAUAUUUGUGUCUUUUUUAAAUCCACAUUGUAGGCAGUGUAUAUAAGGAAAUUUCGUAAAUGUGUUGGUUUCCUAAUUAAUAAAAUAAUGACAUUGAAUUUUAAA